CGGGGCGCCGGCGGGCACCGGCUUCUCUGCGGGGCUGUGUGCGGGAGCCGUUGUAGCAGGGCAGCGCCGUGGCGUUAUGUAACCCGCCCUCAUCCCGCGGUGGGGUCCGCCUGCGGUCUGCGGAGCCGCCGUUUCUCCUGCCGGCGAGCAGGAAUGGCUGGGUCGUGCAGGCAGCGCCUCCCGUGUCCCGCUUCUCUUUCCGAGCCUGCCGCUGGGUUUUGAGGCGCACAGAGCGACCGGCAGCAGCAGCAGGUCUCUGCGCUGCCAUCCCUACAAGCCUGUCUUCCUGAGCCUACUAGAAGAUGAAUAAUCUUUCCUUUAGUGAAUUGUGUUGCCUCUUCUGUUGUCCGCCAUGCCCAGGGAAAAUCGCUUCCAAACUGGCAUUCUUACCUCCUGAUCCCACGUACACACUGAUGUGUGAUGAAAGUGGUAGUCGCUGGACUUUGCAUCUCUCAGAGCGAGCAGACUGGCAAUAUUCUUCAAGAGAAAAAGAUGCCAUUGAGUGUUUCAUGACUAGAACAAGUAAGGGUAACAGGAUUGCCUGUAUGUUUGUGCGUUGCUCACCUAACGCCAAGUAUACUUUGCUCUUCUCGCAUGGAAAUGCUGUUGACUUAGGUCAGAUGAGCAGCUUUUACAUAGGACUGGGUUCACGGAUUAAUUGCAACAUAUUUUCAUAUGAUUAUUCUGGAUAUGGUGCAAGUUCUGGGAAGCCAACGGAGAAGAAUCUGUAUGCUGACAUUGAUGCUGCUUGGGUGGCUCUUAGGACAAGGUAUGGAAUCCGCCCUGAAAAUGUGAUUAUAUAUGGCCAAAGUAUAGGAACAGUACCAUCUGUGGAUCUUGCUGCUAGGUAUGAAAGUGCUGCUGUAAUUCUUCAUUCUCCACUGACCUCAGGAAUGCGAGUAGCUUUUCCUGAUACAAAGAAGACAUAUUGCUUUGAUGCAUUCCCAAACAUUGACAAAAUUUCUAAAAUAACAUCUCCUGUGUUAAUUAUCCAUGGGACUGAAGAUGAAGUAAUUGACUUUUCACAUGGCCUAGCAUUAUUUGAACGUUGCCAGAGACCUGUAGAACCACUGUGGGUAGAAGGAGCGGGCCAUAACGAUGUGGAACUCUAUGGACAGUACCUUGAAAGAUUAAAACAGUUUGUAUCACAGGAACUGGUGAACUUGUAAUUUUCUUUGUAUAUUUACAUGCUUUUUAAUUUCACUGCAGAACUGCACGCCUUGAUACAUACAUAACAUAAAACCUGAAGGUUGUGUUUUCAAAUCGUGUUGGUUGCCUUCAUUAAAUGUACAGGUAAUGAUUUGUCAACAUAAUUAAUGAAGGUUUUAAUGCCAGUAUUAUAAACUGGAAUUACACGAUCAUGCAGUCAAGCUUGGCAGUUCAUACUACUUUGUGUGAGGUUUUUCUUUUUAGAUGUCCAAAAAAAUCACAAGGAGUACUGUAUGAAAUUUUAAUUAUAUAAAAUCAAGUGCUGUAAAAGUGUUGCCAAAUGCUUUAGCAUAUAAAAAAUAAGUUUAUAAAUAUUUUUUAAACAUCUCAAAAUGUACUGUGACUUAUUCUGUUGCACAGGUGUAAAUUAAAAACCAGACUUCUAAGCAGUUGUCCUGUAAAAAUGCAAUAGCCAUGAAAUUUGAGCAAUUACUCAUGUAUGUAAUAAGAACAAACAGUCACUGGAAAGAACCUGUGCCCUGUUAUAGAGGGAGGGGAUCAAAAUAGAUCUCUUUGCAUAUAUUUCAUAUCUUUUGUGGUUAGUUAAACUUUAGUUGUUCUGUUUUCUUUGUGUGCUUUUUUUUAACCUGAAAAGGACAAAUUUGCCCAUGCAUCUUCUCAGCAGUCCUAAUCUUGCCAACAUAAUAUCAUAAGUUACCAUUGUAACAACAUAAAUAUCAUUCACGUGAUUGCUACUGAGGCCACUAAGUACUACUUUGAAACCAUUAAGGCUUUUAGAACCUAGAAAGCUUUGUGGGCAAUGUAGUUUUAAACAUUGAUUGGUUAGAGAUGCAAUAUUUCAAUAGAAAGAA